ACAAAGGAGCCUCACUGCACUGGAGCCUCAGGCAGCGAACCCAGUCCCGGGGGCACAAGGUGAGUCUUGGGCCUCGGAGGAGGAGGAGGCGCGAGGAGUGGAAACGGAUAAGCUGAACUGCACUGCCAUCCUGGACCAGGGCUGCCCGGCUGUAUCGCGCGGCUGAUGUACGCACAGUGCUGCCCCACGGUUCCAGGGAAGAAACGACAUAGACGGUGAGACACCCCAACAAAUUCUGCUUCCAGCUGUGUCCUGGUGAUGACAUGGCAUCUGCCAGCUCCAGCCGGGCAGGGGUGGCCCUGCCUUUUGAGAAGUCUCAGCUUAUCCUGAAAGUGGUGUCAGCAAAGCCCAAGGUGCAUAGUCGUCAACCUCGAAUUAACUCGUUUGUGGAAGUGGCCGUGGAUGGACUCCCCAGCGAGACCAAGAAGACUGGAAAGCGAAUUGGGAGCUCUGAGCUUCUGUGGAACGAGAUCAUCAUUUUGAAUGUCACAGCCCAGAGUCAUUUAGACCUGAAGGUCUGGAGCUGCCACACCUUGAGAAAUGAACUGCUAGGCACCGCCUCCGUCAACCUCUCCAAUGUCCUGAAGAACAAUGGGGGCAAAAUGGAGAACACACAGCUGACCCUGAACCUGCAGACAGAGAACAAAGGCGGUGUUGUCUCGGGUGGUGAGCUGACAAUUUUCCUGGACGGGCCGACUGUUGAUCUGGGAAGCGUGCCUAAUGGCAGUGCCGUGACGGAUGGUUCACAGCCACCUUCAAGAGAAUCCAGCGGGACAGCCGUUGCUCCAGAGAACCGCCACCAGCCCCCGAGCACAAACUGCUUUGGUGGGAGAUCCCGGACGCACAGACAUUCAAGUGGUUCAGCCAGACCAGCCACAGCAGCCGGCGAGCAGAGCCCCGGUACUAGCAGCCGGCACCACCAGCCCGUCAAGAACCCGAGCCACAGUGGCUUGGCCAAUGGCACAGUGAAUGAUGAACCCACUGCAACCACUGAUCCCGAAGAACCCUCUGUUGUUGGUGUGGCGUCCCCACCUGUUGCAGUGUCCAGUGUGACCCCGAACCCUACCACCGCGACUACCCCUGCCACGGCCACGCCGGCCGAAGGGGAGGAGCCCAGCACUUCGGGCACGCAGCAGUUCCCUGCAGCCGCCCAGGCCCCCGAUGCUCUGCCUGCUGGAUGGGAACAGCGAGAGCUCCCCAACGGGCGUGUCUAUUAUGUUGACCAUAACACCAAGACCACCACCUGGGAGCGGCCUCUUCCUCCAGGCUGGGAGAAACGCACAGACCCCCGAGGCAGGUUCUACUAUGUGGACCACAAUACCCGGACCACCACGUGGCAGCGCCCCACGGCCGAGUACGUGCGGAACUACGAGCAGUGGCAGUCCCAACGCAACCAGCUCCAGGGCGCCAUGCAGCACUUCAGCCAAAGGUUCCUCUACCAGUCUUCGAGUGCUUCCACUGACCAUGACCCCCUGGGCCCGCUCCCUUCUGGCUGGGAGAAGAGACAGGACAACGGACGGGUGUAUUACGUGAACCACAACACACGCACGACCCAGUGGGAAGACCCUCGCACCCAGGGGAUGAUCCAGGAGCCGGCUCUGCCCCCAGGGUGGGAAAUGAAGUACACCAGCGAGGGGGUGCGCUACUUCGUGGACCACAACACCCGCACCACCACCUUUAAGGAUCCUCGCCCGGGGUUUGAGUCAGGGACGAAGCAAGGUUCCCCUGGCGCCUACGACCGAAGUUUUCGGUGGAAGUAUCACCAAUUCCGUUUCCUCUGCCAUUCAAAUGCUCUCCCCAGCCAUGUGAAGAUCAGUGUUUCCAGGCAGACACUUUUUGAGGAUUCUUUCCAGCAGAUCAUGAAUAUGAAGCCCUACGACCUGCGCCGCCGGCUCUACAUCAUCAUGCGUGGCGAGGAGGGCCUGGACUAUGGGGGCAUCGCCAGAGAGUGGUUUUUCCUCCUGUCCCACGAGGUGCUCAACCCCAUGUACUGUUUAUUUGAAUACGCCGGGAAGAACAACUACUGCCUGCAGAUCAACCCUGCCUCCUCCAUCAACCCCGACCACCUCACUUAUUUCCGCUUUAUCGGCCGAUUCAUCGCCAUGGCCCUGUACCAUGGAAAGUUCAUUGAUACAGGCUUCACACUCCCUUUCUACAAGCGGAUGCUAAACAAGAGACCGACCCUGAAAGACCUGGAAUCCAUUGACCCUGAAUUCUACAACUCUAUCGUCUGGAUCAAGUGGGUCCCCUCUGUUGCCCUGUGCUGGGAGAGGAGGGGUCUCUGGGUGGGUGGUAGGCGGGUGGAGAGGCCCAGCUUCUGGGUCCCCCUGUCCUGGGAUCCCGUUCUGGGCUCUAGGCCACCUGUGAGUCCUUGUGUCCCACGCACACUGAGAGUGAGUGAUGGGGCAGGACCGAGGGAAGACGCUUCUAAGGCAGACACCUUCCCUGUUGGUCUCUUGUGCCCUAGAGAGAACAACCUGGAGGAGUGCGGCCUAGAACUGUACUUCAUCCAGGACAUGGAGAUCCUGGGCAAAGUGACAACCCACGAGCUGAAGGAAGGUGGAGAGAGCAUCCGAGUGACGGAGGAGAACAAGGAAGAGUACAUCAUGCUGCUGACCGACUGGCGUUUCACACGGGGUGUGGAAGAGCAGACCAAAGCCUUCCUGGACGGCUUCAAUGAGGUGGCCCCCCUGGAGUGGUUGCGCUACUUUGACGAGAAAGAGCUGGAGCUGAUGCUGUGCGGCAUGCAGGAGAUAGACAUGAGUGACUGGCAGAAGAACACCAUCUACCGGCACUAUACCAAGAACAGCAAGCAGAUCCAGUGGUUCUGGCAGGUGGUGAAGGAGAUGGACAACGAGAAGAGGAUCCGGCUGCUACAGUUUGUCACUGGGACCUGCCGCCUGCCCGUUGGGGGAUUCACCGAACUCAUCGGUAGCAACGGCCCACAGAAGUUUUGCAUUGACAAGGUUGGCAAGGAGACCUGGCUGCCCAGGAGCCACACCUGUUUCAACCGGCUGGACCUGCCGCCAUACAAGAGCUACGAACAGCUGAAGGAGAAGCUGCUGUACGCUGUUGAGGAGACCGAGGGCUUUGGGCAGGAGUAACUGAGGCUGUCCCCCACCCCCAAACCCCAGCACACGUGUAGUCUUGAGUCCUCCCUGCCUGAGAGGCCGCUGGCCACGGAGCCCCCGGGAGGCCCCUGCGGAUGGGAGUCCCACAUGGGACCGCACUGUCAUCAGGCUGGUGGCAGCAGGGCCUGACCUCAAGAGGCCCUGCCCUGCUCUUCGCUCCUCCCGACCGGUGGCAGUCUGGAAUAAAGCCCCCGUGUCACCCUUGGCCCCAUCAGCCAUUGCAAAGUCUGGAGGGCUGACCCUCUCUGCAAAGCUCAUCCUCCUUCUCCCUUGAGACCAACCCUAGGUUUGUGUGCAUGUGCAAGGGCGGGCGCCCUGUGCUGAAGCCCUGGGCCUCACAGGCUGGUUAGGUGAGAGGGAGACUGGCCAUUUGGGGUAGCUGUUCUGGGCUGAGGAAGCCCAGGGUCUUUGCCAGUAAAAGAGGUUCUAUUUUGUAUAGAACUUUUCCAGUGAUCUAUAUAAAUGAAGGUCUGAGGGAGGGGAGCUCUGGACCAAGGUCACCUCUUGUCCCUGGCUAGCCAGCUCCAGCCAGGGAGGCUGAGCAGCACGGCUCCGCCCUCCACUCAGUGCUGGCCAGUCUGUUCCCUCCAGCAGAUGAAGGGUCGUUACCAGCUGCUUGGAUGUCAGGGGGAUAGAAACCCCCUUACAUUUUCUUUUCCCUUUUGCAUAAACUUGAAGCAUUUUGCGGGUAGGACUGCUUUGUAUUCUGUGGCUGGCGUGCUGCUGGCACUUCCUGUCAAGGAGCUGGUGCGCCAGGCGUGGCUGGGACCCAGGGGCGCCCAGCACUGUUGGUCUAAGAAUUUCCCGAACAGCUGCUCCUCCUGGGAGCCUGCUUUGCAGUUCUGUGGGCGCGGGCAGGCCUGACCCAGUGGCUCCACUUCCCAACAGCCUUGUCCCCGAGCCUUUGAUAGAGAAGAGGGGGAAGGGGAUUAUUGUCCUGAGUGUCACCCCAACCUCGCUGCCUCCAAUAAAGGAGAACUCCCUUUGCUAGAUGGAGUGAUGGGGUGCGUGGGGCUGACGGGCUAAGACCCUGGACCUCCAGGCGGCCCAUGCAUCCGGGUGGAGAAUGAAGUGUGUUCCCGCCGCUGUAGAGUGUGUUCACUCUGCCUCGAAGUGUGGCUUUCCCUGCACAAAAGAGAUGAUGCUCUUGGAAACCAGCAGAAGGGCCCUGAGCUGCUGUGCGCAGUCUGACUUGAUUGCUGGAGCUCCUGCCGACCUCUGCCGUGGGCAUCCCGCUGUGUGUUCAGAUCUUCCAGGCGAACACACUCCUCUGGGAUGCUGGAGUAGUGAUUGUCACUGGGUCCCCUUGCAGGUCCUCAGACCACCCACAGGGUUGUCUGAGUUAGCCUCGUGCCCUCAGGUCCUCGUCCUGCCCCUGCCACCCUGGCCCAUGUCUGCUCUGUGUUGUAUGUACUGAUUCGAGCGGCUCAGCUCACCACAGCCCAACCUCCUUCUUCCCUUGGAUCGUUGGCUGUGCUUCCCUGCGGUGUCUCACCAUGUUGGGGAUUGGGGCGCAAGCCACCACGCCAUGCAGGGUUUGGGAGCCUCAGGCUCAUGGGCGUGCCGAGUGCGUUCAUGUGGGUGUGUGUGUACAUACGUGUAUAUAACUGAGGUGUCUGUACGGAAUGCCCUUUGGUAGCUCUGAGUUGGUCACCAGAUUGUUUUGUAAUGCCCACCCCCUUGCCUUGGUAUUGCCAGUUUCUUGUGCAAUAAACAAUCAGCAGCUGUGGGCGGUGUUGGCGUGGAUAUGUCCAAAGUCACUGUCCUCCAGACAAAAGGUCUCUGGGCCCCACAGACCCUCCAGGUCCACACAGGGGUGGAAAUGCUGUGACCUUGCUGGUUUUGAGAAUUGUGUGUCAUUAACCAAGACAGCCACACUUCUGAUGGGCGGCCCAGUCUUCAUCCAAGGAUCGGGGGCUUCAGCCCUCAUUCAUUUGCCUCCCGGCCACCUUUGGCCUGGGUUUCUCCGAGCAGUUGCCAUGGCGCCAGAGCAUCAACAGCCUGAGGCUGCAAGUUGACAGGUUUUAGGAACCAGCUCCUGGUAGCCAUUCAUUUGAGAAACAUUUCCUCUUUUCGUGAAAUAGAGGGAGGGAUACCCUGGACUUGAGCUCAUGGUCAGCCAGGGGCUUACCAUCCACUUUUUUGAACUUAAAGGUUCUGAUGGGACCCAUCAGUGCAGUCUUGAUGCUUUUGACAUGGAAGUGAUUUUGUCCUGGAUCAAGCCUUGCUCUGAUCUGGCUUCUUUCUGGGGUGGGCUGGGGUGGGGGGAGGCAGAAGUGUGCAGAGCAUCUUCUCCUGGGAGUUCAUCAACUGAAGUCACUACCCCCAACACCAAAGUCAUUUCUUACUUGACAGGGCUAUGCUGUACUUUGAGGAGGUUUUGACAAAAGUUCACAUGUUAUACAGACGUCUCAUAAUAAAUACAAAUAAAACAUC